CGAGAAAAGUUACCAUGUCGGGCUUGGAAUCAACCAAUCAUGUAGCCUGAAAGCACGGCGUCGGCACUACAUGGGCCCGGCUAGACGACGCCUGAUCAUGUGACUUUAGGAAGUGAAUGUGUGCAAUGAUUGCUCGCACAGCCAUGUGCUCAUUCGCAAUAACAUUAGGAUCAAUCAGCUCCUACACUUUAGUGCCCUGGCUGGCUUCUGUUGCUUCGAUGUCGAUUUUCGUGCAAAGCGCUACUUGUUCUUGUGUGGCUACAGGUCUGUUGUGUUUGCUGAAUCUCCUUGCUUACCCUGCACACUGUGGUGGCAACUUCUUCCCAGAUCGUCUCGUCGCCAAGAAGAGCUGCAUUAUGAUCAAACAACAUGCGCGAUACGCGGGUAUGUUUGACAUUUGGCUUUGGAGAGUGUUCUGGCGCAAAAGUGUUCCGGCUUGAAGCUCGCAAUGCGGAAGCUGAGGUAAAGUACCUGGAUUUAUGAACGUCAACCACCGCCUGCCUCACUUCAUUUUUGCUCAAGCAAGGUGGUUGUAAAGUCUAUGGUAAGGUACCUUGUAGGAACAUGAAGCGAAAUCGGCAAGCAAAACAAGAGCCGAACCAGCCGCACAAUACGUACCUAUAAUACAAUCGCAAGUGACCCUGUCAAAAGCUACAUUAUCUGAAUGCAACCGACGGAUGCAUCAGUGCUGGCACUUGGCAGCCAAGGACGCACGUAC